GCGCCGGCGGGCGCGACGGCUGCGGCAGGCCGCCCUGGGGAGGACAGGGACGGGGGAGAAGAUCACCGUGAGGGCCUGAGCUGCGAACGGCAUGGAGGGGUGCCGUGGCGCCGAGGGCGACGGGGCGUCCGAGACCUCCUCCGUCCUAGAGGAUGAAGAAGAAGAGGAGGAGGAGGAGGAGGAAGAGGAGGAGGAGGAGGAGGCUGUAGAUCCCGAGGAAGCAGAGGAGCUGGCUAACAGUUUAAAGGAUCUGAUCCAGAAUGAAGAUGUGAAACCCAAGCUGCAAUACAUCAUGACUAACCCUUCCUUUUCUAUGGUAACAGUUCAAAGUGAAGAUAGUGGAAUAACCUGGGAAACCAGCUCAAGCAGAUGUUCUACUCCCUGGGCCUCAGAAACUAGUACAACUUCUGAUCUUUAUAGUAUGGAAAGUUCACCAGUAGGUUCUCCUCCAGGAAAAGUUAUCUUUAUUAUGGAUGAAGGCAAGAUUAUUCGGAAAAGGAAGCGUAAACCUUCAAGUAGGGCGAUGAUGCCUACAAAUCUGAAGAGAGGCCAGGGCAAUAAAAAACGUGACUUUUCUGGAAUGCAGAGACAAGAACCAAGAACUGUUCUAGCAGAUGUGCAGGGCUCAGUGUUAAAUGUUGAACAAAUGGAUGCACAAGAUACAGAUGAGGAAAUGUUAGAAGACAAAGAAGAUUUGGAGAACAUUGCAGAAGAACCAGUAAAACGUGCUCCAAUAAGAUCGAUUUUUCGAGAAAACAAACUGAGAAAAGUAGGGCCAAUCCUUGGAGGACCAGUAAAAGCUAGAAUCCAGCUGUUCAAUUCAAUUUUUGGAGGAACUGGUCCCUCCCCUGAAACACUAGAAAAAACUGGAAUCCAGAGGUCUAGUUCAAUUUCAGGAGAAUCUGAACAUUCUCUUGAAACAUCAGUAAGAGAAAGAUUGCAGAAGUUCAGUUCAUUUUCAGAAGGAACACGUCCAAAACCUUUCCAUAAAGCAAGAAGUAGAAAUCUUGAAACACCAUCAGAGAGAAGAAAAGAGCAAAGACGGCAACUCACGUCACAAACAAAUCAAAGCUAUUCGUCACCUACAGUGCCUCUUGAAAAACGGCUUCCUAAUAGAGAUGACAUUUCAUCUCAAAAUAUUAAACCUGUUAAGACGAAAAAUAAACCUAGCACAUUUUCAAACUCUGGUGCAGAAAUAACUCUACAGCGUGAAGAAAUAAAGGAAAGCCAAUCUCUAUUUGAGACUCCAAGUAAGAUGUCGAGACAGUCACUGGAGUCCUGCCUUCCUGAAGAGGCAACGAAGCAGCAAAGUUACGCAUACUCCCCUGAGGCCAAAAGAGCAAUGACACAGCAGUCAAUGUCUGUUCCACUAGAUCCUGGUGAUAAACCAGAGAAACAAGUGACGCUUCUUUCAGCUGAGACUCCAAACCAGAAACCAGACCGAUCACUGCUGACUGCACCAGGUCUUCUGGCUGAACCAAAGGAGCAGGAAAUUCAUCCCCAGUCUGUUCCAACAGGUUCUGUUCAUGAAUUAGACGGGCAAGCUCCCCAAACUGUUUUCCCUACGUCAACAGCAUCUGUGUCAGAACAUCCUGAGAAAGAAGUACAGAAGUCAGCAAUUCAGUCUUACUUACCUUGUGCUCCAUCAGCUAAAUCCAAAUAUUCCACUCUAUCAGAAACAAAACAGGAGGAUGAGAUUCCUCAUUCAUUGAAAACUGCGCAGUCAGAACCUGAACAUGUGUUUUUAUCGCAUUCUAUAGACGAAGCAGAGAAGCAAGAAACUCAGUGUCACUCAUCAGUAACUGCACAGUCAGAAAUUGAGCAUUCAGCUUUACUGUAUUCUGUUAAAAAAACAGAGGAACAAAAGACUCCAGUACCAGAGACCCCAAAUGUUCAUUUAGAGAAGCAAAGCAUUCAGACUCAUUCCAAAACUACUCAGCUGGAGUAUGAAAGACAAGAUUUUCCUGCCUUUAUUCAGGAAGUAGAGGAGCAGGAAACUAAACUGUAUUCACAUAUUCCUGAAAAAAUAGAGUCUAAAUAUUUUGGCAUUUCAUAUCCGGUUCAGACAGAAACACAGGAAACUCAGAAAUUUUCACCUGUAAAUACAGCAGUAGAUUUGGAUCACCCCAGUAUUUCUAUUCAAAAAAACAAACAAACAGAGAGUAUACAACUGGAAAUGGAACAUGCAGAUUUCUCAUAUAGCGGUGAAGUAACUGAGGAAUCAGUGAGAACACAGAUGGAAACAGAGUAUCCAGACUUCUCUUUUUCCAAAGAAACAGAGGACUUGGAGAGUGCACAGCCGGAGAUGGAGCAUCCAGAUUUCUCAUAUUCCAGGGAGAAAACAGAGGACUCGGAGAGUGCACAGCCAGAGAUGGAGCAUCCAGAUUUCUCAUAUUCCAGGGAGAAAACAGAGGACUCGGAGGGUGCACAGCCAGAGAUGGAGCAUCCAGAUUUCUCAUAUUCCAGGGAGAAAACAGAGGACUCGGAGGGUGCACAGCCAGAGAUGGAGCAUCCAGAUUUCUCAUAUUCCAGGGAGAAAACAGAGGACUCGGAGAGUGCACAGCCAGAGAUGGAGCAUCCAGAUUUCUCAUUUUCCAGGGAGAAAACAGAGGACUUGGAGAGUGCACAGCUGGAGAUGGAGCAUCCAGAUUUCUCAUAUUCCAGGGAGAAAACAGAGGACUCGGAGAGUGCACAGCUGGAGAUGGAGCAUCCAGAUUUCUCAUAUUUCAGGGAAAAAACAGAGGACUCGGAGAGUGCACAGCCGGAGAUGGAGCAUCCAGAUUUCUCAUAUUCCAGGGAGAAAACAGAGGACUCGGAGAGUGCACAGCCGGAGAUGGAGCAUCCAGAUUUCUCAUAUUCCAGGGAGAAAACAGAGGACUCGGAGAGUGCACAGCUAGAGAUGGAGCAUCCAGAUUUCUCAUAUUCCCGGGAAAAAACAGUUGAAUCAGAGGGUACACAGCCAGAGGUGGAGCAUCUAGAUUCUUCGUAUUUCAGAGAAGAAAGAGAGGAAUCAGAGAGUGCACAACUGGAGACUGAGCAUCUGGACUUCUCCUUUUCCAAGGAAAAAACAGAGGAAUUGCAGGGUGCACCACUGGAGAUUGAGCAUGCAGACUUCUUGCAUUCCAAGGAAGAAAAGGUGGCAUCAGAGGGUACAGAACUGGAUAGAGAACAUCUAGAUUUCUUAUAUACAGGGAAAGAAACAGAAGAACUGCAGAGUGCCCAGCUGGAGAAGAGUCAUCCAUCUUUCUCAUAUUCCAGGAAAGAAAUAGUGGCAUCAGAGAGUGCACAGCUGGACACAGGGCAUCCAGAUUUCUCAUAUGCAAGGAAAGAAACAGAAGAUUUGCAAAGUCCUCCACUGGAGGAGAAGCAUCCAGAUUUCUCAAGUGCAAGAGAAGAAAUGGGGAAAUCAGAGGAUGCACAGCAGGAGAGAAAGAAUCUACAUUUUUCAUCUUCCAGAGAAGAAAUAGAGAAACUGGAGAGUACACAACUGGGGACUGAGCAUCUGGACUUUCCCAGGGAAGAAACAGAGGAAUUGCAGAGUGCACCACUGGAGAUGGAGCAUGCAGACUUCUUGCAUUCCAAGGAAGAAAUGAUGGCAUCAGGGAGUGCACAACUGGACACAGAGCUUCCAGAUUUCUCACAUCCCAGGGAGGAAAUAGUGGAAUUGGCAAGUGCACAGCUAGACAUGGAGCCUCCAGCUUUCCCAUAUUCCAGGGAAGAAACAGAGAAAUCAGGCCAUGCGCAGCUAGAGAGGGAGCAUCCAGCUUUCUCAUAUUCCAGGGAAGAAAUAGUGGAAUCAGGGAAUACACAGGUGGAAACCAAGCAUCUGGAAUUCUGUUUUUCCAGGGAAGAAACAGGGAAACAGAAAUAUGUUCCUUUGGAACUGGAACACUCAAAGUUCCCAUAUUCUCACAAAGAAGCAGAGCAACAAGAAACAGCACAGCUCGUGCUGGAUCCUUCAGACUUAUAUUCAGUGGAAGAAGAGAAAGAAAACACUACAGAACUUGAAUUGGUGUAUGCAUCUGAUAUAUCUGAUUCGACUGGAAGAGCUGAGGCACAGCAAACUGGGUACUUGGGGUCAGAACAUUCAGAUUUACCAUAUCCUACAAAUAAAAGAAAGCAGCAAGAAAUGGCACAAGUAGAUUCGGACAAUUCUCAUUUGUCGUAUUUUGGUGUCAAAGUUGAAUACCCACAGUCUGCGCAGCAGGAUUCACAGCUGUAUAGAGAUAAGCUGUAUUCCCUUGACAAGGCAGGGAAAGAAGAAACUCGUCAACUGCGGUCAGAGCAUGCAGUUUUAUCAUGCUCUCCUGUGAAAGAAAGGCAAGGUAGAACUUCACAGCUGAGCUUGCAACAAGCAGAUACAUCAUAUUCCACAGGCAAAACAGAACAACAAGAAAUGUUACGACCAAAGUUAGAACAAGCAGCUUCACCAUAUUCCUGUGGAGAAGCAACACAAGAAGCUGUACAAAAAGAUUUAGAAGGUCCUGAACUGUCAUCUUGCAUUAGCAAGGCAGAGCACCAUGAAAAUGUACCAUUAGUUUCAGAAAACCUUGAUUUCUCAUUAAUUACUGGAGAAGCAAUGCAAGAAGGAAUGGAAUCAGGAUUUUCAGACUCUUUGUGUCCCACUGACAAACCAAAGCCCUGGGAAGUGGCACCAUCAGAGCAGAAGCAUUCACUUCCCUUCUACUCCAUUGCUGACAGUCAGCAACAAGAGACUGCGCCACUGGAUUUGGCACAGCCAGAUACAGUGUACUCCUUUGGCAAAAUGGAACAACAAGAACAACGAGAGCUGGAACAACAGGAAACAUCCCAACAGAAAGCUACAGAAAGGGAACUGGAGCAUUCAGAUUUGUUAGAAACCUGUGGGAAAGCAGAACCACAGGAAAUGGAACAAAUGGAUUUGGCCCAGUCAUACCACUCAUAUUAUUGUGACAAAGAAGGACAGCACAAAAUAGCUCAACCAGAGUUAGUGAAUCUGCCUUUGUCAUAUUCUCAUGGGGAACAUAUGCAAGGAGAAGAAAUAGAAAUGGAGCCAGAGUAUCCAGAAUGGGCAUUUUCUGCAAGUGCAGAAAUGCAGCAGGAAAUGAUAGAACAGAAAUCAAAGCAACUAGAUUUGUCACACACUGGUGGCAAAAUGAAGCAACAAGAAAUAAUACCUCCAGAGCUGGAACAAACAUUUUUGUCAUCUUUCACUGAAAGAACAGCAUCACAGGAAUUAGAAAUGAGGUCAGAAUAUCCAGAUUUGUCAUAUUCCUUUGGCAAAGCAGAACAACAAGAGACAUUGAAACAUCCAACUUUAUCAUUUAGUAUGAAGCAACAAGAAACUGCACCGCUGGCAACAGAACGUCCACAUUUUUCAUCUGACAUCAGUGAAACAAAACGAGGAGACACUGUACAGCGGGAGUCAGAACAUCCAGAGCUGUCAUAUUUCAUAGGAAAAUCACAACAAGAAUCAGAAUAUUUAAGUUCAUUAGAAACCCUGGGUGAAGCAGUGCAAAAUGAAAAAGCUAUGCAAGUGGAAUCUAAAUAUCCAAAUUUGUUGUAUUCUGUUGGUCAAAAAAGCCAACAAGAAACUUCACAAUUGGAUUCCAAAUAUCCAGAUUUAUCAUGUUUCCUAGGUAGUGCCAAAGAACAAGCAACUCUAGAGUCUGAGUCAAAACAUCAAGACUUGCCUAAAGUGACCAGAAAAAGCAUUCCACCAGCAACUGCAAAAAUAGAAUCAAAACAUCCAGAUUUGGCUUAUUCCCUUGGCAAAGCAGAAGAGCCAGAAAUUGUACCACGGGAAAUGAAACGCCCUAAUUUGUCACAUUCCACUGAUGAAAGAAACCAACAAGAAAUAGUACCAUUGGAUCAGAAACAUAGCAAAUUUUCUAUUGACAAAGGAAUGCAGCAACAAAACACAAAGCAGCAGUUAGAGCAAACAAAGUUUUCAUAUUCUGCUGGCAAAACUGAGCAAUUAAAACGUGCUCAACAGGACCUGGAACAAACCGAUUUAUCGCUUCCUAUUGACAAGCCAGACUCUGAAAUGGCCCAGCCAGAAAUGGAACAUGUUGAUGUGAUAUGUCCUCCUGACAAAAGAGAGGUACAACAAAGAGUACAACUAGAAUUAGAGCAAACAGGUUUAACUUACUCUUUUGGAAAAACAGAACAGAAAACAGUGCGGCCAGAAGUGGAACAUCCUGGUUUGGCACAUCCUGCGGAUGUAAUAGAACAAGAGGAUGUGGCACAGACAGAGCUAGGACAUCCUGAUAUGUCUUAUCCUGUUUUUGAAACAGGAGAACUGCAAACUGCACAGUUAAAAUCCAAACACCCAGGUCUAGCAUAUUUUGCUGAUAAACUGCAGGAAACGACACAGCUGAGGGUGUCACAACCAGAUGCAUCAUAUGCCCGUGACAAAACAGAACAGUGCCCACCUGCCCAAAUGGACCUGAGCCACACAGACUUGUUAUUCUCUGCUGACACGGCAGGACAGCCAUGGAUGAUGCACACAGCCUUGGGGCACCCUGAUGCCUCAGCAUGUUCAGUCCAUAGAACAGAACAUCCGCAAACUGUAAUGGUAAGAGGUCCAGAUGUUUCAUCUCAUAGUGAAAAAGCAGAGCAAAAAGAAAUGUCAAAACUAGAGUUGAAACAUCCUGAUUUUUCCCGUUCCAUUGAUAAAACACAGCCACAGGAAACUACACAACUGGGGGUAGGAAAACCAGAUCUCUCAUCUUUACCUGGCAAAGCAGAGCAGCCACACAAUGCUCAAGAGGAACUGGAGCAGUCAGGCCUUGUGUAUUCUUUCAGCAAAGCUGGACAACAAGAGAAAGCCCAGCCAGAACUGGAACAUCCACAGUUAUCUUAUUCUGUUCAUGAAGCAGAUGAAGAAAGCACAGAUUUAGCACAUGCUGUUGGCAGAUUAGAGCACCAUAGAGUUAUACAAACAGAGGCAGAACAAAUGUAUUUAUCAUGGCCAAUUGAUGAAAUGCAGCAACCACAAAUUGCUCAACUGGAUUUGGAACAUCCAGAUUUAUCUUAUUCCAUUGGCACAGUACAGCAACAGGAAAAGGUUCGACCAGAACUGGUACAGCCAGGUGAUUUUUCAUCAUCUCACGGCAAAGAACAAAGGGAAAGUGUAAGAAUGCAGUCAGAUCAUCCUGAAUUGCAGUGCUCUGUUGGGGAAAUAGAAGGAUUGCAAACUUCACAAGUGAGAUCUGAAUAUGCGGACUUGUCAUUUGCUGUUGACUCAGUAGGACCUCAUGAAGUGGCACAAUCAGAGUUGAAAGAAUAUGAUUUGUUGCAUUCUUUUGUAGAAACAAAGGGAUCACAGGCUGCCCCACUGGAGUCUGAAUAUCCAGACGUCUCAAAUUCCUUGGACAAAGCAGAGCAUCCUGAUUUGUCCUCUUGCAUUAGUAAAGAAGAGCAAACUGCGCAACUGGAGUUCAAACAACAAGAGAGGGGAAAUUACAAAUUACACCCAGAGCAACCAGUGUUGUCAUGCUCCCACGGCAAAGCAGAGCAGCCCAAAAGUGCCCGAAUGGAAGUGAAAGUCCAGGAAUUCUUGUAUUCCUCUGGCAGAACAGAGCAACAAGAAAUAGCAAAACAGCUAUUGGAGCAUGCCAAUUUAUCACAUUCCACUGAUAAAACACAGCAACUAGAAACUACACAACUGCAGUUAGGACAACCAGAUUUAUCAUCUUGCCUUGGCAAAACAGACCAACCAAAAACUGCUCAAGUGGAAGCAGAACAUGCAGACUUGCUACAUUUCACUAGCAAAACAAAACAGCAAGGAGAGGCACAACCAGAGUUUGAAUAUCCUGGUCUGCUAUAUUCCAUUGGCAAAGUAGAGCAGCCACAGGCUCUGCAGCUGAAAUCAGAACAGCUUGUAAUAUCAGAGCAUAUUGGACAAACAGAGCAACAAGGACGGGCACAUCCAGAGUGGGAACUUCCUGAUUUAUCGUAUUCCAUUAGCAAAGCACAGCCACAGAAAGCUACGCAACUGGAAUUAGGACAACCAGAUUUAUCCUAUACCCUUGCUAAGAUAGACGAAAUACAAACUGUGCAAGGGGAAUUGGAACAUGCAAAUUCAUUGUAUUCUUCUGACAAAACAGAACAAGAAAAGGUAUCACUGGAGUUGGGACAUCCACAGCUAUCUUAUUCUGUUACUGAAGUAGAACAGGAAGUUGCCCAUCAGAAACCAAACUGUCAAGAUUUGUCAUAUUCUAUUGGCAGAUUAGAGCACCAUGAAAUUGUACAACCAGAGGUAGAAGAAAUGGAUUUAUCAUAUCCAGCUAGUGAAUCAGAGCCUUCACAACCUGUCCAAUUAGUACUGGAACAACCAGAGUUUUUGGAGGCUUUUGGCAGCCUAGAGGAAAAGAAAACGGCCCAGCCUGGCUUUUUGCAUUCCUUUGGUGAAGACCAGAAACAAGCUUCACAGGUGGACUUGGAGCAACCAGUUUUAUCAUAUUCCCUUAGCAAAGCAGAGCAACAGGAAACUGCACAAACAGAGUUUAUGCAUUCUGAUGUUUCUGAUGUUUCAUAUUCCACUGGGAAAGCAGAACUGCAAACUGAACAACUGAAAUCAAAAUGUCCAGAUUUGUCAUAUGCUCUUGGCAAAGCGGAGACUCAUGGAAAGAAACAACCAGAGUUACUGUAUUCCUAUGGCGAAAGAGAGCAGCCACAGCUUGCUCAGCUGGAGUUGGAGCAUAUAGAGACAUCAUUCUUCGCAGGAGAAAUGGAGCGGAGGGAGGGCGCCCAACCUCAACUGCAGUGUGUUAAUUUGCAGUACUCUGUUAGUGAAAUACAGCAACCAGAAACUCCUUCUGUAUCAUAUGCCUUUGGCAGUACUGAGAAGCAGGAAACUGCACAACUGGAGCUUGAACAAUCAGAUUUAUCAAGUUCUUCUGACAAAGCAGAACAGCGUGAAACUGCCCUGCUGAGAGCAGAGCGUUCAGAGAAGCAGGACUCAGAGAUUACUUCAUCUCUAACUACUCAUUUGGAAACUGAACAACAAGUUUUAUCCUUUUCUGCCGAGGAAUCAGAGAGUCAAAAAAUUCAACCUUAUUCAUCUCUUCCUGAACAAUCAGUAUCUGUACCUGUAGGUGUUUCACAGUCUGUUUCUGAAAUAAAAAUGGGAGAAAGUCAGAAGUCUUCACCUAUAACUGCAAGCCUGUCCCCCGAGCACUCAGAUUUAUCUUACACUCACGGUAAAACAGAACAGUUAGAAUUUGUACAACCUGAGUCAGGCUUCUUUUUUGCAAAAAGUAAGAAAAUUGAUCUACAUUCACCUGUGGCUGUACAGUCAGAGACUGAACAUGCAGUUUUACCUGAAACAGGAAGAGAGCAAACUCCACACUACUUUCACACAACUACACAAUUAGAAUCUGAACAAUUAAAUCCAUCAUAUUCUAUAGAUAAAGCAGAAGCCCCAGAAAGACAAGAUUAUUUAACUGUCCCUGCAAAACUGGAGUCUGAACCCUCAGUUUCAUUUUAUUCAGUUGAUGAAACAUACCAGCAAGAAAUUCCACCUUAUUCAAAACCUGCCUCUGAGUAUUUGGUUCCUACAUACUCCCUUGCUGAAGAAGAAAAGCAAAGCAUGCAGCCGUUUAUUCCUCAAAGAGCACAAUCAGAAUGUAAACAUAUAAUUACACAUCCUGAUGAAACAGAACUGCAACAAGUUCAGCUGUAUUCAUCUAAAAUAGCAAGAUCAAAGACUGCAGAGUCAGAGAGUAUGUCUCUAAUGCACAUACCAGACCAAGGCAAGCAAGAAUCUCAAGAUCAGUCAUUGGACACAGACUAUUUGUCAUCAGAGCAGUUAAGAAUUCCCCCCAAAUUCACUGCCGAGCAGGAUGAGCAAGAAAUGCAACCUGAUGUGCAGCAAGUGACAAAGUUGAUGACCACAGAGUCCAAGGCUGUAGCAGACCAACAAUCAGUGUCAUCAGAUUCAUUUGUACCUUUUCAUACACUGCCUGAAAGGUCAGUAUCACUGGUUUUCACUGAUGAUGAAGAGAAACAAAAUAUUCCAUCAUCUUUAUCAGACAUAGUAGACAUGCUUGGAAAGCAAUCAAACAUUAUUUCAAGCAGUUAUGAAGAAAAGGAUAGACAUGAAAUGACAUAUUUUACAGAGCAAAAAUACACGUCCUCAGAGCAACUGGGAGCUGUUUCAUCAGAUCUUAUUUAUGAAACUGUGACACACAAACCUCAGCUUUAUUCUAGUGAAGGAGGCAGCCUGUCUUCAGCAGAGUCGAAGUCCAUUUACAGUAUUUCUUCUGAUGAAAAGCAGAAUCCAGAUAUUCCAUCUUCUUCUUUUGGGCUAGCUAGCUGGCUGGCAGAAGAGGUGAAAGCUCGUUCAAUUAGUCCAAUAAGAGCUACAGAAGUAGACAAGCAAGGAAUUCAGCUUUCUCCAAAUGAAGCUUAUGAUUCUGGAUCAAAGCAACUCCCAGCCGGAAGCUGUGAAGAACUUACAGUUAAUGGUACUAUGAAGAAUAAACCAGGUAUAUUUAGAGCUUCUGAUAUAGCAUCAAGUGAAAUUUCCCACGGAUUGUCCUCAGAAACUAGUCACAGAAUUCAAAGGUGUGAUUUACAAUCUCUGGGAAGAGAUAAUCCAGGUCCAGAAAAAGUUCCAAAGGAUGAAACUAGCACUGGAAACCUUACAAAAACGGAAGCAAGGCAACAUCCAGAUGUAGACAAAGUAGAUGAAGUACCUGAACAUCACCUUGCGGGAAAAGAUGAAGAAAUAGAGCAUGUGAGAGCUGUAGAAGAUAGUCAACAUGCUCCUGAACCUACUGAACAAAAAGAUCUAUUUAAUAUAAUUUCAGAAGGCUAUGAAAUCCUAAAUAUUCAUGCUCCUACACAUAUUUCUUCUGUUGAUCAAGAAGAAAGUAAACACAUGCCGGAUAAACUAGAGUACUUGGAAACAAAUCCUUCAUUUAAGAGAAAAUUAGCAGAUGAUGGCCAUAGAGCCUUAGCUUCUGGAACAACCAUUGAAACUUCAGAAAGUUCAGUGCUGGGAAACCCUGGAAAUAAAAAUCAUGAACUAAAAGAAUUGGUCAAAGAUGCUGCUGCUGAGGAAACUGGAGAAACAGAAGAGGAAAAGUCCAUGUUGCCAGAAAAUAAUAAUGACACAGUGUUGGACUCUAAUAAUGGUAUGGCUGAUAUGGAUUAUUUUGAAAAAUAUACCUUGAUUGAUGACAAAUCUCCAAUUAAGCCAACUUUUGAGAGACCAGAUUCAUUGGUUUCUAUGACAGAAAAUCCUAAGGAAGCUGUGGAAGAAGCCGCAUCUUUUAAAGAAAGCUCUGAGGUAAAUACUUUGGAAGAAGAGUUUUCCUUACUUGAAGAUCUGGAUGAAGUCUUUUAUGGUACCACAAAAGGAGAAAGUAUGGAAUCCUAUGCAAGCGUUUCAAAACUUUUACCUGUACAAAAAUCAAUUGAUAUUAGCAAUAAAAAUGUUAUGAACAUAGAAGAUGAACAGAAGUCACCAGGGACCCCACUGUUUGAUUCAGAAGAAGGAGUGUUAGAACGAUCCCUGUUGUUUCCUACCACUGUUGCUGCAAUUAAUCCAGAGCUUCUAGAGGAGCCACCUGCUCUGUCAUUUUUAUACAAGGAUCUCUAUGCAGAAGCAGUGGGUGCAAAGACAAAGGAGGAGACUCCUUCUGAUGAGGAGAGUGGUAAUUCUAAUGCAUCGUUUCCUAGUAGGAAUUCAGACACAGAUGAUGGAACUGGGAUAUAUUUUGAAAAAUACAUUCUUAAAGAUGAAAUUCCUGGUAAGGACAUAGGCCAUCCUCAAAAGGAUCAGAUACCAGAAGAUCAGCCUUUUAGUGGAGAUAUUUCUGUUCAGAGCUCAGGGAACAAACACAAGCAGUGGUCUAGUGAUGUUUCAGGUGUCAGAACUAAGGUUCUUCCAGAAAGGGGACUUGUGGAGAGAGAGGAAGUCCAGGUUGACAGUGACAUAAAAGCAACAGUUUGUAAACCAGUGCAUGCCAUUCCUUUUGGAAGCAAAUUAAAUCUUUCAGGUGCAAGAAGUGCUACCAGUGAACAAAGAGAGGAAAACAUACCUGUAGAAACAACUGAAGAAUUACCAGAGCAAACAAGUCACCAAGAGUGUAGGCAAAGAAUGGAUUAUCAGGGAGCUGCACUUCAAGAAGCAGCCAAUAAACAGGAAGAACAACAUGAAAUAGCAGCAGUUCAUCAAAUGGAAAAACAUAUCCCAUAUAUCAGGUCACCAGUUGAAGAUAGUGAAGAUGAUCAAUAUGCCCAGGCAAAUCUUUCACAUGUCCCAAUCCUUCAGCCAGCAGAGAAGCCAGGCAAGGAAAGAGAGGAGCAGAGCCCUGAUAUUUGUGAAGAUCUCGCUGAGGCAAUUGGCUAUGAUGUGAUUACACGAGAAGAACUUCUACAAGAUGAAAUGUCCUCUGAACUGACACACGAGGAGCUUUUAUUUGAAGAUAGGGAUUCUUUUGGGCAUAUUGGUGACAGUUACGAAUUUGUAGAUGAGCCAGAACAAAGAACACCUGUUGAACUUGAAGAUUCAGGUUUUGUGGUAAUGUAUCCUGAAAAAUCAUCAACAAACAUACCUCAAGUUGAGAGUCCACAAAGAGAACCGAAGAAAGCACAAGUAGAUACAUAUUGUUACUACUGCAAGUGCCCAAUAUCUGCUAUUGAUAAGCUCUUUGGAGAACAUAAAGAUCAUGAAGUCACAACAUUAGAUGCUGCUGCAACCAAGAUGAAGGAUCAAUUAGAUGAAUUGCUAAUAGCAUUGGAAGAAAAGUCAAUGAAGACUGAAGGGGUUGUGAGUGAAAUUGAAUCUCUAUUUAACUCUGUUGAGGAAAACUGUAAGAAAAAUGCAGAGUUACUGGAAAAACAGAAUGAAGACAUGAUUAAGAAAGUGGUAGCACAAUAUGAUGAGAAAUCAGAAAACUUUGAGGAAGUGAAGAAGAUGAAAAUGGAGUAUCUGUAUGAACAGAUGGUUAACUUUCAACAAACUGUUGAUUCAGCAAAAGAAACCUUGGAGACAACAGUAAAGGAAAUGGAAGAAUUUGAUGGAUUUGUUUUUCUAAAUUCAUCUAAAGAAUUGAAUAAAAGGUUACUUUCUGCAAUGGAUACUACUCUCUCUUUAGAAAAGGUGCCCCAUGCAUUUUCACUUUUUGAACACUAUGCGGACAGUCCAGGAAAAAGCAACCACUCCUUAAGUCACUUGCCUGUCCCACAGACACCAACACUGAUAGCACAGGAACCAAACUCAGCUACAAGUACCUCCAUCGCGGUCUACUGGACUGUGAAUGAAGGGGAUGCCAUCGACUGCUUCCAGGUCUAUUGUAUGGAGGAGCCUCAAGCUAACAAAGACCGAAGUGCUUUAGUGGAAGAAUACAGAGUGACGGUGAAGGAGAGCCACUGCAUUUUGGAGGAUCUGGAGCCAGAUCACUGUUACAGUGUGUGGGUCAUGGCUGUGAACAGCACAGGAUGUAGCUUGCCCACUGAAAAAGCCAUUUUUAAAACAGCGCCCGCCGCCCCCGCGAUAAGGGCAGAGGACUGCACCGUGUGCUGGGACACGGCCACCGUCCGCUGGCGCGCCGGCUCGCCGGCGCCGGAGUCCUUCACCCUGGAGUACUGCCGACAGUACGCGCCCGAAGGAGAGGGCCUCAGAUCUUUUGCUGGAAUAAAGAGGCCUGAACUGAAAGUAUCCCUAGAGCCCAACGUGAACUAUUUCUUCUACUUGAGGGCUGUCAAUGCAUUUGGGACAAGCGAACAGAGUGAAGCUGCUCUCAUCUCAACUAAAGGAACUAGAUUUCAUGUACUGAAUGACAAAGCUCAUCCCGCUUUGCAAAUCUCCUCUGAUGGCACUGUGAUACACCUUCCCGAGAAAGCCCGAUUCGCUGGAUUUCCUUCAGUUCUGGGUGAGCUGCUGCCUGCUCGGGGCCGUCAUUACUGGGAAACCGUUGUCUCUGCCUGCAGAAACUACAGAAUUGGAAUUUGCUAUGAGGCUACAUCACAGAGCGAUGUCCUGGGGCUGAAUGAUACUUCUUGGUGCAUGCGCUGCUGUCCUACACAAAGCAGUUUUCUUUACAGAUUUCUUCACACCAGUGUAAUGAGCGACAUCUGGGUGACAGAACAGCCAGCCAGGAUCGGGAUCCUGUUGGAUUAUAGCAAUGGCAGACUGUUAUUCUUCAAUGCAGAGAAAGGACUGGUGUUGUUCACCAUCAGGCACAAUUUUACGGAUGCUGCUCACCCGGCCUUUGCUCUGGAGAAGGCUGGAGCACUUACCCUGCGCACAGGGAUGGAGCUGCCCGAGUUUGUGAAGCACAGCUAAGCCAGUGCUUCACACUCUUGGCGGCACCGAUGAUUGCAGUAUUAGGGGCAGGGAAGGGAAGAGGGUGUCAGAGAGGGAUGUCUAGUUUUCACUAAUGAGUACUACAUGCACAGCCGCCCCCCGCACGCACAGCGUCAGUAAUUGCCAUUAGUGCCCAGCCACAUAAUCACCCUGUGCCUGGAGAGAAAAUCACCUCCUUCGGAGGGAGCGCGCACCUCGUGAUAUACACAGAAAUGCUUGUGAGGAGAAAAAAAAGGUUUGUUAGGUCUGAGAAUUUGGAGUGGGGGGAAAUGUACUUUCCCUAAGAAAAGAAAUGACAGUCCUAGCUGUCUUUAAGUUGAUGAUGAGCCUGUGUAUGAAAUAAAUGCAUCUCUCACUGCAA